GUUGUGCUUAUGUUGUCAUGUAGCCUCGUCACUGUGACAGACGGAACAUGAAUUUCUACAAUCAAUUUAUGUUUUAAUGAUGUUCACGCUCUCGUUUGUUUUCUGCCAUCUCACUGCACACAAUGUACACAAUCAUUAGUAGGUGGUGUUAAUUAGCAGACUCACAGGAACAAGUGUGUGCCUUGGAGGAGGUUAUACAGUUGUUUUCAGGAGAAUCAGGAGGACUUUAGUCGUCCAGAAUCCAAGUAUGCUUUUGAAUCAUGACAUGUCUUGUUGGCUGGGUCACACAUAUUGUGUAGUGUGUGUGUGUGUGUGUGUGUGUGUGUGUGUGUGUGUGUGUGUGUGUGUGUGUGUGUGUGUGUGUGUGUGUGUGUGUGUGUGUGUGUGUGUGUGUGUGUGUGUGUGUGCGUGUUGGAGUAAACAUGACCCGCAAACACUGACAGGAAAGAGGAGACUUUUCUUUUUUUCUUUAAGGAGGAAAAAGAGUGAGGCACACACGACCGCUUUGUAGUCGUCGUGUGUCCAGUGUUGGCCCAAGGACACUUCCUCUGCAGAAUGAAAGUGAAAGUACUCGUGGCGCAACAUUUUUCUGUCGUCUCCGUGUGAAUGCUGCAGAGCAUCCAGUGGAAGAUACUCAGCGAGUCAAAGAUCCUCUAUGUGACAGGAGCGCUAAGCCGUCUUUUAAGACCUACUGAAAUGAGAUUUUCUUAUUUGAACGGGGAUAGCAGUAAGGGCCCGCCUCCAUGAGGUUGUCUGACCUGGGCCCCGGCCUGCCAGCCUGGUUCAGGUGGUGUUGAUACGACAAUCAUGGCCAGCGUUGCUUCCUCAGCGACUGAUGGCAGCCAUCAGACCAGCGAGCGGCCUGCCUGGACCAACCUGACCGUGGUGCCGCUGGGCGUUGGCGGGCAGCAGCUGCUCUCAGACUCUAUGUGCAUCCAGAGGUUCGAGUCCCCGCUGGACCUCAUGGCACCAGUCAACCCCAUCAUGACAAGGGUCAACCUGGUCCCGGCUCUGCCCAUGCCCCCCGACGUGCAGCCGGCCAAGGAGAUCAUCCACUGCAAGAGCUGCACUCUCUUCCCUCAGAAUCCGAACCUGCCCCCUCCAUCGAUCCGGGAGCGGCCUCCCGGCUGCAGAACGGUGUUUGUGGGCGGUCUGCCAGAGAACGCCACCGACGACAUCAUCAGGGAGGUUUUCAGCCCGUGUGGCGAGAUCAUCGCCAUCCGCAAGAGCAAGAAGAACUUUUGCCACAUUCGCUUCAGCGAACAGUUCAUGGUGGACAAAGCCAUCUACCUGUCAGGAUACCGGAUGCGUAUCGGGUCCAGCACGGACAAGAAGGACUCGGGGAAGAUCCAUGUGGACUUUGCUCAGGCACGAGACGACCUGUACGAGUGGGAGUGUCAACAGCGACUUCUGGCCAGGGAAGAACGACACCGCCGGACGCUCUGGGAGGACUGUCUGAAGCCGCCGUCUCCGGCGCCUGUCGUGCACUUUUCUGAGCAUGAGGCGGCCAUGUUGGCUGAGGGGCUGAAAGACAACCACAAGUUCAGCCAGGCCACGGCCGUGCUCCUCACCUGGAUGGAUCGGGGCGAGGUCAACCGUCGCACCGCCAACCAGUUCUACUCCAUGAUCCAGUCGGCCAACGGCCACGUGCGCCGGCUGAUGAGCGAGAAGGCGCAGCACGAGGAGGAGAUGGAGCGCGCCAAGGAGGCUUUCAAGUGCGCCCUGGUGGCCAUCUUGACACAGUUCGAGCAGAUCUCAGCCGUGUUCGCCGCCGCCUGCAGACAAAAGGCAUGGGACCAUUUCUCUAAAGCUCAGCGCAAGAACCUAGACAUUUGGCGCAAGCAGUGCGAGGAGCUGAUGAAAGUCCACGGUGACGAGAUCAUGGGAUUCCGACACGAAGAGGAGAUGGAGAUGUCGGAUGAAGACUCCGACGAAAGCCCGUGCAAGAAGAUGCGCUGUGAGGACAACGGGGCGUGCGAUCAGAGGGAGGCGUGUCUUCGAGAGGAGAACGUCUCCCUGCGAUGGCAGCUGGAGGCUUACGUGAAGGAGGCGGAGCUUGCUCAGAAGGAGGUGUGCAGAGAGGACAACAACAACGCAGUCGGGUGGAACCUCCCUGACACUUCCCUGCAGCUGCUGCAGCAGAGCGUCGUCAGCGUGCAGCAGCAGCUCCACAGACUGCAGGAGCAGCUGGCGAGCAAGGAGGCGGAGUUAGAGCAAGCGAGAGAGGAGCAUCACUUCCUGGAAGGGGAGGUGCUCUCGCUCCAAGACAAGGGGGUCAGCGGGUGUCCCCCAUCAACGUACCUCAGCAUGGGCAGGAGAAGUAACGUCGUCCUUUCAGAAAAAGAGGCCCUGCUUCUGGGUGUGAUUUCGACCUUCCUCCAUGUUCACCCAUUCGGAGCCAACCUGGAGUAUUUGUGGUCUUACAUGCAGAGACUUGACUCCAAGGUGUCCGCGGGGCAGCUGGAGCGCCUCAUGGUUCGACUGCCCCUUAUGUUCAGGCAGGAGCUGAGCGGCGUGGGAGCCACUUUGGAGAAACGCUGGAAGUUCUGUGGGUUUGACAGCCUCACUUCGGGAUGACUCAGGAUACACACACACACACACACACACGCACACGCGCGCGCACACAGUGAUUGACGCAGUGGGCGGCCAUCACGUUGACACUGAGGUGGUGAACGUUCACUGCCUCCAGGGACCGCUAUGACCUGCAGGGGUGUGUGUGAUGUGACGCCCCUGCUGUCACGCCAACACUGAUGAGAAUCUUCUAUUGGGGGUUUUUGGCAUCAAGCUCCGCCUACUUUCAUGUCUUAAUCCUCAUGGAUGUUUUUUUUUUCUGUUCUAACGUCAGUCAAAGGCUUAAAAUUUUGUGUUUGCUUUUGAUGAAUACGGAGAUUUUUAUUAAAGAGGAAGUCGUCAAAACGA